AGACGUGCACCAACGUGCUUCUAAAGCCAAGAUUUCUUGGCGGACUGAAACUGCAUUCCGCCCCACCCCUCGCAAACAUCACCGCCGCUCUACCUAGAAAUCAGGAAGCACGGGCACGCUGCUUUAUUUUACUUUUCUGUCCUGUUUUUAGAGGAGACCCUUCGGUGACUGCAGCAACACAGAGCCAUAAAGGGCACUAAAAACCAGAAAGGCGUUGUUGUCGAUGGCGUUGAGAAGCAGCAUCGAGCAGUGCUGAGAGAAGAAGACUGCUUACGUCCGGUGCAGCGUCGUGGAUGUAUCUGACACAGACUAACCAAAGAAGAAGGGCUCUGUCGGCAGCAUGGGACAGCAACUAGGAAAGAAAGAGUCACCCGCAAGCAGCAAGGCUUCGUCACCUGAACCCAGAGCCGCAGAACAAAGAUGGGCAGCAGAGAUCGAGCCUCAAGAUGAAGUUUUUGGCCCGGGUGAGGCAGAUGCAUUACAGAACAAUGGCUGCGUCUCCGAGAAGCCGGUGGUGACUGACUCCACGGGCGCUGAGGGCCCCCACCAACCCCGGACUCCCGCCAGCACAGCUGACCCUGACGCCGCCACGCCACGCCCCCACCUGGUCCGCCUCUUCUCCCGAGAUGCCCCGGGCCGGGAGGACAACACCUUCAAAGAGCGACCCUCGGAGUCGGACGAGCUGCAGACCAUCCAGGAGCACAGCGGAGCGGCUUCGGAGUGCGGGUCGGAGAGCCCCGAGCAGGACAUAGAAUAGGCUAGCUUUUUUUUUCCCCCCUUCUUCUCUUCCGUUUUC